AUGGCGUCGCCGCCGCGCGUAUGCGUGACCGGAGGCGGCGGGUUCGUCGCCUCGUGGCUCGUCAAGCUGCUGCUCUCUCGUGGCUACGCCGUCCACGCCACCGUCCGCGAUCCAUGUGAUCCGAAGAACGAGUUCCUGAUGCAGCUGGACAAGGCCUCGGAGAAUCUGCGGGUAUUCAAGGCCGACGUGCUCGACUCCGGCACACUGGUUGCGGCGUUCGCGGGCUGCGAGGGGGUGUUCCAUAUGGCGUCUCCGGUACCUGGAGACAAAAUCGUUGACCCUGAGAAAGAGAUGAUGGCUCCAACAGUGAAAGGCACCAUGAACGUACUGGAAGCUUGCUCAGCUACGAAAGUUCAGAAAAUCAUCCUGGUCUCGUCCCUGGCUUCUGUCAGUUUUGAUCCGAGCUGGCCUGAAGAUAAACUUAUAGAUGAGAGUUGCUGGUCAGAUAAAGACUUCUGCAAGCAGAAUAAGAUUUGGUAUGCUCUUGCAAAGACCGAAUCAGAAGAGAUAGCUCUGGAAUACGGCAAAAGGAACGGACUGCAUGUUGUGACACUUUUGCCUGGUCUCGUCUUUGGCCCUCUGUUGCAGACUGUGGUACUCAACACUAGCAGCAAAGUUCUCGUAUAUAUAAUAAAAGGAGGUCAUGACACAAUGAACAACAAAUUCUGGCCCAUAGUGGAUGUUCGCGAUGUUGCUGAUGCCUUUCUUCUAGCAUAUGAGAAUGCUGAACCAUCUUCGAGAUACAUAUGCUCAUUAGACCAAAUGGACAUAAAAGACUUGUUGGCUGUUAUGAAGAGCAUGUACCCUAAUUACAGUUAUGUGGACAAGAUGGUAGAUGUUGGAUGUAAGGUUGCAGUUACCUCAGGUAAACUGCUGGAUCUGGGAUGGGAACCAAGGAAACUGGAGGAGACACUAGCGGAUAGUGUUGAAUGCUACAAAAAGGCUGGACUUCUUCAGGAUGUGGAUGGCGAACCUUGCCGGCUACCUUAUUUUUACCGCAUGAAUGCUGAGGAAUGA